UGCCUAAAAAAACAAAUAAAUCUUCAAUUUGUUAGUACAUCUUUGAACGAAAAAAUAUAGUUCAUAGCCAAACUCCUCUACCAAACUUAAACAAUUUGUUAACAGUUCAUAGCCAAACUCCUCUCCAUUAUUAGGCAUCCAUCGUCCUUCUUAUACGACCGAACUUAAACAAUUUGUUAACAGUUCAUAGCCAAACUCCUCUACCAAAAAAAUAUAUAGUUGCUGUAGCCAAACAAAAAAACGCGUUUCACGAAAAUAUAAAACGAACGCAUUUCACGAACAACGCAAAGGAACAUUGAACUCCAUUAACGAACGAAAAAAUGACGAAUCCAAGCAAAACAGUAUUACUCACCUCAAACGGCGACGAUAUUUCAUACGGCAUUGCAUUCCAUUUAGCUAAACAAGGAUGCAGGUUGGUUUUGAUGGGAGAUGCAACUAACUUAAAGAGUGUUGCAAGAAAAAUAACGGAUUCUGUUACUGAUUCUGUUUUUGUGGAAGUGGUUGAAUUGGAUAUGGAGAAUGAAAAUGAAUCUGUUUUUCAUCAUGCGGUUGAUAAAGCGUGUAAGAUUUUGGGGAAAUUGGAUGCUUUUGUUAAUUGUUAUUCUUAUGAAGGAAAGAUGCAAGAUCAUCUCGAGUUAUCUGAGAGUGAGUACAAAAAGAUAGCUAAGAUAAAUUUUAUGGCUCCAUGGUUUUUGUUAAAGGCUGUUGGCCAAAGGAUGCGGAAAUUCAACACGGGAGGGUCCAUUGUCUUUAUGACGUCGAUAAUGGGUUCUGAAAGAGGGCUUUAUCCAGGAGCUGCUGCAUAUGCCUCAGCCUUGGCUGGAGUUCAGCAGUUAGUUCGAGCAUCAGCUAUGGAGAUAGGAAAGUACAAGAUCAGAGUUAAUGCUAUUGCAAGAGGCCUUCACCUGGAAGAUGAAUUUCCGUUAUCAGUGGGAAGGGAAAGGGCAGAGAAAUUGGUGAAGGAGGCAGCACCACUUGAAAGAUGGCUUGAUGUUAAGAAUGAUCUUGCUUCUACAGUCAUUUAUCUAAUCAGUGAUGGAUCAUGUUACAUGACAGGAACAACUAUAUAUGUUGACGGAGCACAGUCUAUAACUAGGCCCAGGAUGCGUUCCUUUAUGUGAUUGUUUCCUCACAGCUGCCACUGUAAGGAACUUUUCAAGGGAUGUUUGUUCAUGCAUCUGAGUUAUUCUUGCACGCACAACACCGUUUAUCACACUGUUAAAAUUUGGGUUUGGUAGCAAUGUUUUGCUAUGCGGAUAGAUACGACACUAUAUAAUUGUAUGUAAUCCGAUGCUAUAAUGAAUGAACCUUAAUUAUAGAACCCUGAAUGAGGGGCACAAAGGGUCCAUAGUGUGGAGAGUUUAAGAUAUGUAGAGAAGGACAUAAUGAGCAGAGAGCAUUGGUUCUCUGAAAGAGAUCAACUCUGGACAAAUGAAUUUUUAUUCUAUUGUAUUUUCCUUUGAUUUUCAGAAAUAGUACACUAUUUGUUUCCUA